CGGCCAAGUCAUCCCCAUGAGUGUCCACAUUCGUCUUUCUUCAACACAAACAGAGCCACCGAGCUUCGCUUUCAUUUCUGCCCCCGGUCUGCUCCGCCGCAGGAGGAAGAGACGCCCACACUGCUUUUAGUUGUUGUUCCUCAUUUAGUUUGUUCUUUGAAACAGUCUCUGCAGAGAUUAGUUUCUUUACGAGCCGAGUCCAGCAAGAGGCGCUAGUUAGUCGUUGAGCCUUAACCUCCACUCUCGCUCCCCGGUGUUAGCUAGCUAACGUCCCCACGCCGCCAGACCUCCGUCCCUCCAUCUGCGCGCUGACAUGCCGGUGUACCUGGAGGACCCGUCUGUGCUCACCAAGGACAAGCUGAAGAGCGAGCUGAUGGCCAACAGCGUGGAGCUGCCGAGCGGCAACCCCACCAAGGACGUGUACGUGCAGCUGUACCUGAGGAAUCUCACCGCCCAGAACGAGAAACAUGUCGUGGACACGACUUGGGACGCUUUCUCCAGCGACGAGGAGCUGCCGCCGCCCGUGGUCUACAGCAGAAGUCGCUCGUCCGGCAGAAAAGCCACCAGGAAGACUGACAAGGUGCAGCCAGAUGAGCUGGACGUGACCGUGCUGACCGACGACGGCCUGAGAGACUCGCUGAUCGAGCAGGGAGUGGUUGUGGGGCCAAUUGUGGCAUCCACCCGUAAACUGUACGAGAAGAAACUGCAGAAGCUCCUGGACAAUGGCCCCGCACAGCCACCACUGCCUGAGCUGGUCCUCGCCGAGAUACAAGUUAACCACAAUGGCCACUCUGAAGCCGACCUCUACAGUGACAAGGAGGAUGAGGGGACCGCUGAACCAGAACCUGAGCCACAACCAGAACCAGAACCAGUGGCAGAGCCUGAACCAGCUCCACCAGUGGUCGAGAGACCAGUGAGGAGCCGAGGGAAGUUGCCCAUCACUACCCGCACCCGUAGCAGCCAGCAUCAAACGAUAGUGCCUGAGGAUAUCAGGCCUGUUCUGAGAGAACCUGUCUAUUUAGAGUAUAACAGGAAAGUUCACGACAACCCUGAGAGUCCUGCCCAGGCUGAAACUCCCUCGGCCUCGUCCAUUCGUGUAAAGUCGAAGAGUCGGCCUGAAGAACGCAGUCGACGACCAGCUGCCAACCCGUCGUUUCCUCUGGUUCACUUCACCUCUGUCAACAAAGGGAACUUUAGCCCCAUGUGUAACAUCUCCCCCAUUAAGAGUCAGGAGUCCCCCUGGACUGUGUCGGACCAGACUGGAUUUAAAGUCAGCGGUGUGUCUGCAGCAGGGAAGGAGUAUGGCCCUCCAGACAUCCAGCUGCAUAAAAGGAGGCAGCAGAAAAUCUCCAGCUUCCCGUCCACAUGCAGCCCUGUGAGGACACACAACUACAAAUCCACACUGUCAGACGAUGUGUUAGUGAGACAGGUGGAGAAAAUCACAGCCAGCGACCAAAACCCUAAAGUGGAGGAAAAGGUUGUUCUGAAGGAGCUGUUCCCCAGUGACUUCAACAGUCCAACAGGAAUCAACGCCACCUGUAGGCGACCCAUCCGUGGAGCUGCCGGUCGCCCAGUGAAGCCCAGUGACCUGUGGAAUGACGAAAAUGGCCUCUACUCACCUAAAAUCACCAAGACCACAAGCUCAUCCUCCUACACAGAGAGCCGCACUGUCAACAGAGUCACCAGCCUGCCCCCCUCCACCACCUCCCCCUCUUCUGCCAGGCUUCUGUCUGCAGCUCCCCCUGCCGGUCAGACCAAAGCAGUGCGCUCUGGCAUGUCCCUGUGGAUUAAGCUGUUCCUGCUGGCCGUCGUGGCUGCCUUCCUGUUCUUGGUUUACCAGGCCAUGGAGACCAACAGGAUCGCCCCUUUUUUAGCCUCUGACAAAGAAGUGGCCAGUGGUGGCAUAGAAUAGAGAGCACAUUGUCCGAUGGGAAAGAGAGGCCCGUCUGCUCCGGUGUUUUUUCCUCUUUCUUUUUUUUUUUUAAAGCGUGAAUCUGCAUUUUAGCCAUUUUGUUCCCAGGUGCAGUGAAAUUACCUCGGACAUCAUCCCUGUGUCGUAGUUUCUUUCUUUGUUUUCCUUCAUGAGAAGGGACUACAGUUUCAGAGAAGUUUCCAAGGAUCUCCAUGACAUGUGAAAAGACAGUAAAGCAUCUGCAGUUGUUAUUUUUGGUCCAACCCCGUGACCCCUCGACCUCACUGUCCUUGAGGUUACAACAAAGCCAGCCGCCAGUCAACUUUGAGAGACACAAACAUAGUAGGCAUCACAAAGAUACAUGGACUCACUUUUUAUUGCCUUGUUUUAUUUCAGAUUUGCAGUGCGCGUGUGUGUGUGAGAGUAAGUACUGAAUGUGUGAGAUACUUUUUUCACUCCUUGCCUGGGCUUUUUUCUCCUUUAGUCAUCAAAAGCCUUGAAGAUGGAAUCUGAACUUGUAAUGUUUUGUACUUGACAUCUUUGAUAAUGAGAGAGGGAGGCUUGUUAUUGUAACCCAAAUACUUCUAAAUCUUCUCAAACAUUACGCCAAUAUUUUGUUAAUGUUCUCUUAUAAUAAAAUUGAAUGUCCCAGUG